AUGGAGCCAACACAAUCCGAAGCUAGUUUUGAAAUUCGAUCAUCUAUUAGCAAAAGCUCCAUUGAUGAUCCAUCUAGCCCAUACUUCCUUCACCACUCAGACAGCCCUGGAUUAGUGCUCGUGUCACAGCAACUUACAGGAGAAAACCAUGGCUCCUGGAGUCGCACCAUGACCAUUGCCCUCUCGGUGAAGAACAAGCUCUCCUUCAUUGAUGGUUCUAUGAAGGAACCAGAAUUCACAUAUUCGGAUCUGAAUAAUGCUUGGAUUCGGAACAAUAACAUAGUCAUAUCCUGGAUUCUCAAUUCCGUCUCAAAGGAAAUUUCAGCGAGUGUAAUUUAUGCAAGUAUAGCCUAUGAAAUUUGGAACGACCUCAAGGAGAGGUUUCAGCAAAGCAAUGGACCGAGAAUUUUCCAAUUAAGAAAGGAUCUGAUAAAUCUAAAUCAAGAUCAAAAUAGUGUGAGUACUUAUUUCACUAAACUCAAAACGUUGUGGGAGGAGUUAGCAAUUUCAGACCCAAUUGUAACUGUGGAAAAUGCAGUUGUGGAGGAGUUAAGGAAAUGA